AUGGUUCCAGUCAGUAAACCCUAUAUUCUACUGAGUGACACGUCACCAGAGGAGGGAUCUUCGGUGUGGCUGCGCUGCGGCCUGGAAAACGGAACUGGGCCUCUUUACUUCCUGUGGGAGCAUGAGACUAACAGCGGAGUGGUCGAGACCGUCAGCCAGGGCAACAGCAGUAUGUUCAACAUGACAGUUGUCAACCGUAAUAACACAGGCUGGUACCGCUGUGUGGCCCAGAACAAGGUCAACCAGGAACGGUCUGACCGCAUCUGGAUGGACGUCAUCUAUGGUCCAGAUGUCCCCCAGAUAGAUGUGACUCCCUACACUAUAACAGAUAGAGGAUACUCUGCUGUGGAGAGACAGACAGUCUCUCUGCUUUGCCAGGCCCUCUCCAAUCCUCCCAGUCAAUAUGUCUGGUUCUACAACAACAGUCAGGUGUACACAGGACCCCAGUUCACCAUCACUAGGAUUCUGCGGAUGCACACUGGUACCUACGCCUGUCUGGCUCAGAACACGUACCUCAACACCCGCUCUAUGAAGACCAUCAGCCUCACUGUUUACUACCCUCCAGAAGGUUCCCCUUCCUGCUCUGUUUUGCCAGCGAUGAAUUCCUCUUCCCUCAACCUGACCUGUUCCUGGACAGGGGGCCUGCCGUCCCCCUCACUCCACUGGACUAGAGACCUGCUGACCCUGACAGAGGAAUGGCUAAAGCCUAGAGAUGAAGGGGCGUGGCCAGCAAAAUAUGUGUCUGUACUGCAGUCUGGAUCCCAGACCUCCAACAACACUCUGUUCACCUGCCUGGGGACACACCCUGCUCUCAACACCACCACACAAUGCACUGCUAGGGCCUGGUUUCCUUCUGGCGACCCGGUGUGUUCUGCUUAUGCCAAUGGUAACAACCAGUACCUGCUGCUGUCCUGCUCCUGGGAAGGUGGGUCUCCCAGGGCUGUGGUGUGGUGGGAGGGGCCAAAAGGAGAGGGACGGGGCCAAGAAGUAGACACCUCCAACAUUCUGGUAUAUCGUUCUAACUCCACCCAGAAUGGAAAGGCCUACACCUGCUAUGCAAAACACCCCCUAGACACACUCACUAGGACCUGCAAACUCACAUUAGAGGCUCCAGUCUUGUUGACCCAGCGUAGUAUGGUGUCUGUGUUCGAGGGCAGUGAUGUCCAGCUUACAUGUAUCCUGCAAGCCAACUAUCCCCCUGCUGAUCAGAUUGUCUGGCUAAACAACCGCAGACAGGAAGUCGUACAGGAAGUCCAGGAAGCUCUGGCCACAAGGAAGUAUGUUCUGCGGCGUGCAGCGGCGUGGGCCAACCUGACAGUCCUACAGACAGACGGAAAAACAGACAGCGGCCAAUACUGGUGCUCUGCUAACAAUUCGGUGGGAGGGACCGAGAUACCUGUUACGCUAUUGGUCAAGAGGUACCCUAUGCCCCCCAAUGUGACCCUGGUCCGGCUGGUGUACAGGAGUCGACAGCGUCUUCAGGUGGAGUUGGAGUGGCAGAUAAAGGGAGAGGGUGAAGGAGGAGAGGGAGGAGGGCUGACUGGAUUUAUCCUGGAGCGUAGACUUUCCACGGCACUGGGGAGGAGAGGAGAGGGGGAAGAUGAUACAACUACAGCCCCUGCUGAGCAACAGGAGCUGUUAGAUGAGAAGAGGAGUAGUUCCUCUCCUUGGCAGCAGGUGGCGGUGUUGGGAGCUGUAGAGAGGGCUCACACGAUGGGCAACAUGACCCCAACAGACACCUACCAGAUACGCAUCACAGCUGUCAAUCACAGAACCCUUGGACACCCCUCCCCCCCCAAAACACCAGCGGAUCCUCCCUUUAAUGCGUACCCUGCUGUGAUUGGAGCAGCCAUUGGAGGAAUGCUCAUUGCUGCCAUAGCAACCAUUCUUCUGUUCAUGUACAUCAUCCGCAACCGCAACAACAACCCUCGACUUCAUGACAUGCUGUUCGGAAUGUCACACAGCCAGUCAAGGGAGAACAUUAACUUCCCUGAUGAUGAGGUGGUGGGAGGAGCUGACAGAGAGGGAGGAGCUACUGAACAUAGUCCAUCGCCCAGCCAAGGUCCAUCCAUGCCCUCACCGCGGGCAGCCCUGCCCGAAAGCCCCUCACCGCAGGCAGCCCUGCCCGAAAGCCCCUCACCGCAGGCAGCCCUGCCCGAAAGCGCCUCACCCGUCUCCCCCCCUCCCCCAGCGGAGGACAACGAGCCUGUUAAUGUCACCAUCACUGUCACGGCAACAGGCUGAAGAUCACCAUACUCCACUAUUUUGCAAUAAACAACUAAUAUUAAAGGUAGAGCUAUUAGAUAUAAACAAAUUAGAGUUGGAAAACAAAUGUAAGCACGGACCCUCUUGAUACCAUGCAUGUAUACAGCUCAACACCAGAGACCAGGUUCAAUACCCAUCUCCAACCUUCACUACACCUCUUCCAGAGCCCCUGGUCUUCACCACCAACAACUGUAAUAUACACAUUACAAAUACGCAAGGAAAGAAAUAUACAAAACAUCCUAAUAUUUUAAAGUUUUUUGUUGAACUGAUCUCCUGCAAAAUGUUGUUACAGUGGGCACUUCCUUAGAUGAGGGCAGAGGUCAGCUU